GCUCAGAACAGCUUCGUUGAGCCGCGGCCGUGCGUCCACACCACUCUCACAUCUUCAAGUUUGGCUCAAAGUCUCCUUUUAACACGUCGAUUACCGUCUCAAUCGUAUUUCCCGCGGAUGAUUUCGCUUUACAUAGAUCGGUAUCGGCCCUGAGGAACGUGUUUUACAGAAUCCUAAAGUAUCGGAGACGCAAAAAACCUUUAGCUAGCGUGUCGAGGCGAGGCUAGCUAGCUAGCUACCUGGCUAGCUUCACACGAGCUGAGCCUGUGCUCGGGGGGCAGUGUGCCUGCAGUGCCGUUUGAUGGAUCCGAGGAUCGCCUGGUUUCAGCCAGAACAACGCGGACCCGCCAACAACCUGUGGAUGCAAAUUUGGGAAACGACACAAGGGCUCGGGUAUUUGCACGUCAACCACAACUACACUACGGGUUCCUCAAGUGCACCAAGCUUGAAGCCAAACAUCAACGGGGCAUCGUGCAACGCUCUACCCGGCCACAACGGAGCUGUCAAGUCGGGCGCCGGCGGCGGUGAAGCCAGGGCUCAGGGCAUGUCCAAUUCAAUGGGGGACGGUGAAAUAGUGCAGCAGCGGGACUUUAUACCACUAGAAAACAAUAAUAACCACAAUAACCGAGGUGCGGGGAGGGGCGGAGGUGGCGGCGGAGGGGGGCAACAUGGCAGUGGGGUCUCCGUGGUUUGGAGGGGGCUGUCGGACGCUGCGGGACACCCUCAUAAAAGGAAAAGGGACAAUAAGGCCAGCACUUUCGGAUUCAACAGCAGCCUUUUGCACAGCGGCAGCGACGCCGAGACGGGGGGCUACAGCGGUUACACGGGCACGCCGUGGAAAGUCAGGAACUACUCUGAAGGAAUCCUCGGGCUACAUGAGGAGAUCAAUGACUUCUACGAGUACAUCUCGCCACGACCGGAGGAGGAGAAGAUGAGGCUGGAGGUGGUUGACAGGAUCAAGGGAGUGAUUCACGACCUUUGGCCCAGCGCAGAGGUCCAAGUGUUUGGGAGUUUUAGUACUGGUCUUUAUCUGCCGACAAGCGACAUCGACCUGGUGGUUUUUGGGAAGUGGGAGACACUUCCCCUCUGGACACUGGAAGAGGCGCUCCGGAAGAGAAACGUCGCUGAUGAGAACUCUAUCAAAGUGCUGGACAAGGCCACGGUCCCCAUUAUCAAGCUAACUGACUCCUUCACCGAGGUCAAAGUGGACAUUAGCUUCAACGUGAAGAGUGGUGUCAAAGCCGCCCGGCUCAUCAAAGAAUUCAAAGAGAAGUAUCCUGUACUGCCUUACCUGGUGUUGGUGUUGAAGCAGUUCCUGUUGCAGAGGGAUCUCAAUGAAGUCUUCACUGGAGGCAUUGGCUCCUACAGCCUGUUCCUCAUGGCUGUUAGCUUCCUGCAGCUCCACUACAGGGAGGACGUGUGCAGUCCCAACACAAACAUUGGCGUCUUGCUCAUCGAAUUCUUUGAGCUCUAUGGGCGCCACUUCAACUACCUGAAGACAGGCAUCAGGAUAAAAGAUGGUGGCUGUUAUGUUGCCAAAGACGAGGUGCAGAAAAGCAUGAUGGAUGGCUACCGACCCUCCAUGCUGUACAUUGAGGACCCACUGCAGCCAGACAAUGAUGUGGGCAGAAGUUCAUACGGUGCCAUGCAGGUGAAGCAGGCAUUUGACUAUGCCUAUGUAGUGCUUAGCCACGCGGUGUCACCGAUCGCCAAGUACUACCCCAAUAAUGAAACGGAGAGCAUACUCGGUCGAAUAAUCCGGGUGACUCAGGAGGUGGACGAGUACAGAGAAUGGAUCAGCAAGCAGUGGGGGAAACCCACUCAGAGCGACCCAGCACUAAACAGAAAUGAUGUCACGCUGCUGGUGGAGCCCCGGCAGCUUGAUGAGUGCAACAACAACAUUCCAGAGGAUGACGUGGUGGUGCUUCCACCUGUACCUCGCGGCAAGGCUUCCUCUUCCUCAACCUCCUCAUCUCCUGCCCCGUCUCUACGCUCCUCCCCUUCUUCUUCUCCGCUGUCGCCUUCCUCCUCCUCCACCGUCUCCAGCUCCAGUGAUGCGGACUCUGACGGCACCCCAUGUAAGACUGCCAAGCAGCAGCCUGGACGGGGCUCUAGUGCCCACAGAGAAACGACAGGCGGUGUCACCAAUCACAGAACACAGAGCCACUCCACCAGCACUCCAGUGGGAAGCAACAAGGGGGGAAAGGCCAGGACGUCUCGUUCCCACCACAAGAACGCCCACCACAACCAACAGAGCUCCUCCAGCACCAAAAACCAUCAGAGCAACAAGCCACACCAUCAAGGCAACAGCAAGAAGAGGAAAAAUCAGAGAGACUCCACACAAGAGGACCUCUGCAGAUAGGGGCUCCUCUCCCCUUCCCCUCCCCUCGUCCUUGUCCGCUACUGACUAACUGACUGACAGUCCCACACUUCUGCUGCCAGACUCCAGCCUUGGGAGUUGUUAGUAGUAUUACCAAUCUUCAUCUCUCUCUAGAGCGUUUUUAUUUUGGGGGGGAUGCGCAACAUUUUAUAGCAGAAUGAAAGUACAAAAAAAAAAUCUAUAUAUAUAUAUAUUAUUAUUAUUACUAUUAUUAUAGGAAAUGGGGCUUAAGUUCUUGGACCUGAACUGAAACCAUGAAGGAUUAAUGCUCAUCUGCUUCACGAUGGCUCCGUCUUUGGAGCGAUUUUUCUCUACCCAGCACCCACACAAUCUGCCUCCUGCACCCGCUGGUGAACAGGAGGAGCAAGGUUGGGUGAAUGGAGUGAUACCUGGAACUGCUGACUAUACAUUUCGAUGAGGAAGAAAAAAAAAAGUUAAAAACUUUGAAGAAGAAAAAAAAAAGGCAGAAAAAGAUGCAAUUGACAAAAAAAUGUACAAAACUGUUACCUUGAACAAAAAAAAAUGUACACAGAUUUUUAAAGAUGGUAACUUAAAGAUGCAAUCUGUAAGAGUGGGGGACAUAACUAAUGCAUGAGAUUUCUCUUUUUUUGUUGAUGGGUGGUAUGUUUUGUUAUGUCUAAACAGAUUAUACAAAGAUUUAUAAAAAAAAAAGUUAAACUAGCAAAAAAAAAAAAAUAGAAAAAAAUCCUAAAAAAAUUGUUUCAUAUUACCUUUUUACAGGAUAUACCGAUUCAAGACAUGUAGACAUGAACACACCCCUUUCCUCUGCUUUUUGGCAAAGCCAAGAGCCGGUUUGGGUUUCAUCGCCAACAUGAAACAUCAGCAUCUCUUUCUUGCUCCCAGUCGCUCUGUGUGAGUGUGUCCCAGUGUUGGCGAGCUGAUGCACACACACAGCCCAGUAGGGGACUGGGUGGAUGGAGGCUGAUCCCCAACACAGCAUCAUAGCUCAGCCACGCCCCUUCACAGACUUCAAUGGCUACAGGUUCAAAUUUGGUAAAGGAGUGAAAAAUGGUUUUGUUGAAAAAUCCUAAACUUGAAGAGGAGAAGAAAAAAAAACCCUACUUGUAAAACGAUCCAACUGUGGGUGGGUGAUAGAUAAUCAGUGCCCCUUGGUAAUAAUAUACCUACCUACAAAAAUCGUUUGUAUUUGUUAAAUGUAUUUAUUUUUUUAUUAAUUAUAUAAAUAUAGUAUGGAUAUGACAUGUAUUAACAUUAGCGACGAUAAAUCGAGAUAUAUGGGAAGUACAGUUCAUCAGGUAAAUUACAAUGUCACCAUUUAUGUUUUAUCUCAUUGCCUUUUGUUUCACUUAUAGUUGAGUGACCAAGUUACUUUGAAAAGCUGAGACCAUUUUACUAGUCAGACGGUUAGAGUUUGUUUUAAUUAUGUGGCUGGUCUACUUACUUUAAAAGGGAGCGGAUUUUUUUUUUAAUUUGUUCUAAUUUCCUCUCUUCCUGAAACAUGUAGGAAACAAACUGGUAUUUCACCCCCCCCAUUAUUGUUGCUGUUCAGCAACUGGCCUGUAGAUGGGGUCAUCGCUCAAGUCUUCACAGUAACUGGGCUUGUAUACUGCAUUUGGAUACAUUAUCCCUGCGUCAUUUCCGUUAUAGAGAGGAGAAAAAAACCCAACAAAAUAUUCAAUCACCGAAAAUUACUGAACACUUUAUAGGACACUUGUUGAACAUGGUUACUUGUUUCAGGGAGUAACAGUCAAAAAGCACACCGCAGUUACCUUAUUGUCCUUACUCCCUAAUAUGACCCAGCUGUAACACAACACAACACAACAGCCAGCAAUAAUUACCGCCCUGCUGUACUUUGUCAGACCGUCAUUAUUACUGUACUUCACACAAAUACUACAGCGGCUCGUCGAGUACCUGCUACAGUUACCACCAACACCACCUCAGUGAGCGCCGCCGCACUUAACCCCGAGUCGUUGCAUUUCAAGACUGCACACCUUUUCCUCAGAAAUACGUGUGACGAGACGACUUUUUUUUGUUGAAUGAAUGCACUACAAAUAUUGAUGUUGAAUAAGAUCGCGUUUUCCCCCCUCCUUUGCAGAUCUAAAUGCAGUAUAUACUAAAGUGCUGUGCUUGGGGGGGCAAUAUUCACCGGGACCCGGUGAAUAUUGUUUUAGUGCCAUCGGAAAGUUCAUCGACCAUCGCCUCACUGCGGGUACAUCAGACCCAACUGUACUCAUCACAACUGUUUCUCUGCAGCUAUUAAAAAUUCAUGCAAUAAAACAGUACGAUUACACUCGGCUUGG